AUGUUCCAUGGGCCCAGACCAAUGUUUCAUGGGAACCAAGAGGCGUUCGAUGUGUUACACACGCAUGAGCAUCGUAGCGAUCACGGUCCGGACGGAGAACGGAUGCUAAUGGAAAAUAAGCGAAUGAUCGGUCGUGAGAUGAAAUAUCGUCCGGGUGACCAGUACACGAAAGAUACUGGGAACGGACGGUGGAAGAUGUUCGGGCACGAGGUUCAAAAAGCGCAUAAGGAUCAUUCGAAACUGUAUGUGAUCCCGGAACGACCAUUUCGAUUGCAUGUUGGUGACGGUGAUCAUUAUGGGAUUCCGACCAGUCAUCACACAGACUAUGAAAGUUAUAAACAAGGAGACUGGUUGAAAACUGGUGGUUGGCAUGAUGGUGAUGCUGGGGAUCAUUAUCGUGCUGCGGGUCACGGGGCUUUCCCUUAUGAGAGAAACUAUCGAAGAGGAAAACCCACCAUGGCCUAUCGGGAACCCCAAAUCCGAUAUCACAAUGCGUACGAUUCCGGCGAGUGGCGACCGUUCUAUGAAAAGCAAAAAUACAAAAACCAUAUACAUCGCAACCGUUCACCAACAAUAGGGAAAAGGCGAGGCAAAGGCCAAAGCUAUCAAAGU